UUGCUCCUUGGAUAGUGUGCGAAAAUUAGAAGUAGGGGAUUAUAAAGUAAAAAACAAAGAGCAGAUGAUUAAAGAACUACGGGCUGCCUUGACAACCAAUUCAGAAUCUCAAUUAUUAGAAUCAUUUUAUGUUAAAAGAGAAGGAGGGACAAUCACUUAUUUAAUGGAUGUUGAAGAUGAUCAAUUAUUUAGUUCAGUUAUAGUUUAUUACAAGGCCUAG